AUGGGAGAUAUCAAUAUUGUCGAAGGCACAUUUGAAGUUGACGGCGUGAACCUGCACACCAAGUCCUGGCUCCCCUCCGGCCCGCCCAAAGCAAAACUCGUCGCCGUCCACGGGUUCAGCGACCACAUCGACCGGUACUACGAGCUGUUCCCGUCCCUAGCGCGCCGCGGCAUCGCCGUCCUAGGCUUCGACCAGCGCGGCUGGGGGAAAAGCGUGCGCCGCCCCGCAGACCGCGGGCGCACCGGUCCCACGGCCACCGUACUAGCAGAUCUCGCAGCCUUCAUCCGCGAGAAAGCUUUAAGUCCCUCCUCGUCCUCCUCCCAUUCCUCCCCUGCAGACGCCGUCCCAGUGUUCGUCCUAGGCCACUCCAUGGGCGGCGGUGAGGUCCUAGCCUUGGCCAGCACCCCCGCGUUCGACGACGUCGUUUCCCGCAUCCGCGGCUGGAUCCUGGAGGCGCCGUUCUUGGGGUUCGCACCUGCUGUCCAGCCUAACCGGCUGACUAUCGUGUCUGGACGUCUGGCUGCGCGCGUGGUGCCGAAUUUCACGCUGGUGCGGCCGGUGCCGCCGGAGCAUUUGUGUCGGGACCCGGCGGUGCAGGAGAGUCUGGCGGCGGACCCGCUGCUGCACUACACGGGCACGCUGGAGGGACUGUCGGGCAUGAUUGAUCGCGCGGAGGCGCUAGCGUCGGGGAGACUGAAGCUGCGGCCGCGCGUGCGCGCUGUGUUCCUCGCGCACGGCACCGCGGACAUGGUGACGAGUUACGAUCGCGUGCGGGAAUGGUGGGAGCGCCAGGGGAAGAAGGUGGAGGAUGGGAAGUUUAAGCCGUAUGAGGGUUGGGCGCACCAGUUACACGCUGACCCUGGGAAGGAGGAGUUCUAUCAAGAUGUGGGGGAUUGGAUACUGGAGAGGGCUGGUAGUGACGAUGGGAGAAGCAGACCCGAGUCUAAGUUGUGA